UGUAAGAAUCACCACAUGUUAGCCAACAUGUUCUCUCUUCAGGGAAGUGGUCGCCAACUGUGUUCAAAUGAAGAAGCAAUAAUGGAAGAAGUAUUGAUCUGCUCAGCUCUGUCGGGCGGCAUACCUCCCCGGCAGGAAUGUGACUGUGCUGCAGCCGAUGAGCCGUCCGACCUGUGGCUACAAGCACAGAGCCGGUUGCAUCACAUCCGAUCAAAUCAGGAAGUGAGAUGCAGUGACAGAACAGAACGCAGCAGGCGCACAAUGGCACUAUGUCUGUCUCUCGACCUGCCAACAUGAGAGCCUCCCGGGGGAAGACCCCUCUUCUUCUGCUGCUGCUGGUGUUGAUCGCUCUGACUGGGACAGCGCUGUGUCAAGACGAUGGUGAAGAGGCACCAGAGGAGGAAGUUCCAGAAACAGAUGACUCUAGCCUGGAUGAUGUCGACCCAGAUACCCCAGUGUCGUCCACGACUGCUCCUGAGGAACCUUCUCCAACAGACCCAGAUCCCUCAGUAGAUUCAGGUACAGAGGGAAAUGACGGAGAAGGCUCAGGAGAACCCACACCAGAUGGUACAGGGGAGCCACGUGGUGGAGAAUCCACCGCAAUACCAGAGGAAGACGACACUCUGGGUCUCAUCAUCAUCCCCGUCCUUGUGGUGCUGGUGGUCGUGAUCAUCGGCGUGAUCGUUUGUGGGAUUUUCCUCAACCGCAAGUGGAACAGAAACAAGAGAAAUCAAGAGCUCAGGAAGGAAGAUCCAUAUCUGGAUGGACCCAGCUCAGAGAAGGUGCCAAUGCCCAUGUUUGAAGAAGACGUCCCCUCGGUACUGGAGAUGGAAAUGGAAGAGAUGGACCAAUGGAUGAAAAAAGAUGGUGAAACUGCAGAGGACUCUAAUCAUACAGGAUUCUAAUUAUGGUCAAAGAGACGCUCUCCCACCACACGGGGACACACACUCGUCAGAGCAGCGUUGACAACGUGGACGUUUUGACCUUUCUACAAUAAUCCUGCAACAUUUUCUCACUACAGGAGUGGAUUUUACUGCCUGGAAACGACAUCAUUAGACUUUGGGGGAACUCCCAAUCAUGACUUUUGUUUUUAAAGUAAAACCAUCAGCGAGAGAGAUUAAUCUCAUCCUCUGCGGUGGUGAGCAACAUGCAACAGCUGGACUUUCUUGUGUUAAACACUGGCUCUUUUUAAAUGUCAAUGAUCGGUGUGUUGCCAUUGUGUAUUUCUUCUGCUGUGCUUUGCCUGUUUUUUUAUUGUUUACUGUACUACAGCAGGGAAAUGUACUGUAUUUUCUGUCUCGUCGAAUCAGUUCCAAAGAACUGUCCCCUGCUGAUUCACACUGUUUAAGACUAAGCGGCCGUCUUCGAGCGCAUGAGGCCGACUCUCCUCUCCGCCCCACACACAGACACCACUGCUCCUACUGGCUGCCGACGACUUAUCUGCGGCUCACAGCCUCUUUAUUGUGUUACACUGCGUGACUCCCUCCAGCUGCAGGUUUUUUUAAGAGGAAAUAUCCUGUUGAUGAUUGUUGGCAUGCAUGACAGGGAGGGCCACUCCUUCUUCAUGCCUGUGCAGAGCUGGUUCCGAGAAGGAGUUUUUAGUCAGAAGCCGAUUGAGAUAUCAGAGUGUGAGAUCAGACGCCUUCUCUGUCCUAGUCUUUUUGAUAAGUUACCGAAAUAGCUUUCUAGAAGCUGUUACUGAUAAGAUUUUGAUCUCACCAUAGAAUCGGACUGAAAACACUGAAGUGUCUCCACAAAAGCUCUUAGAUUUUUUUUUGUCACCAGAUUUAGUCGAUACACUGAUCUAACUGUUGCAUUGUAAAUAUGGGAAUACAGAAAGCCAGGAGAGAUUAUUUUCACGGAGCGCCUUCUGUAAAUAUUUCAUAUGAGGCUGUAGUAUUUUUUUUUAACUUUG